GUAUAUAUAUCUAUUCUGCCAAGUUUGAGUUGCAGGGCUCCAAUGGCUUCCUUAAGCUUUCUAUCAAUCCUUCUGGCUUUCAUACCCUUUGUUUUCGCCCUGGUUGUUCUAUCUCUGAAGUGGAACUUCAAUGGGCUUCCAUGGAAUUGGCCUUUCUUCGGAAUGACUCCCACUAUUCUCUUCCAUAUCCACCGAGUUCAUCAUCGUCUAACUCAUAUCUUACAACAAUCUCCUUCCACUUUCCUUUUCAAAGGUGCUUGGUUUGCUGGUCUUGAUUUCUUCUUAACGGUUGACCCUUCAAACAUUCACCAUAUUUUGAGUACUAACUUCGAUCGAUACCCCAAAGGCCCUGAUUUCAAGUACAUCUUCGACGUUCUCGGAGAUGGGAUUUUCAACUCCGACUCUGUUUCAUGGAAGACCCAACGUACAACCGCUCAUGCUCUGGUUCGUCAAGAGAAGUUUCUUCAUUUCUUGGAGAAAAUUGCUAUGAAGAAAGUGAGGGAAGAGUUGGUUUCAGUUCUUGAAAGUGUUUGUGAAAAUGGGUCGGUGUUGGAUUUGCAAGAUUUGUUUCAGAGAUUCUCGUUUGACUCCACUUGUAUGUUGGUCACUGGCUUCGACCUCCAUAGCUUAUCUCUUGAGUUCCCUCAAGUUCCGUUUUCCAAGGCUAUGGAUGAUAUCGAGGAAGUGAUAUUUCUCCGACACUUCAUUCCUAAGAAAAUUUGGGAAUUUCAAAAGAAGCUCCAAAUUGGUCAUCCCAUGAGGCUGCAAGAAGCUUGGGAAAUCAUAGAUCAAACCAUCGCAAACUUGAUAGCUACCAAAAGGGAAAGCUUGAAUCAGCUAAGAGAAGAGAAAGAUGAAGAAGGGGUUGAUUUGAUCACAUCAUACAUGGAAAACAAAGAAAAUGACGACAAGAUGUUGAGAGACACUGUUUUAAAUUUCAUGAUUGCAGGCCGAGACACUCUAAGUUCAGCUCUCUCUUGGUUUUUCUUCUGUCUUUCAAACAAUCCGACAGUCGAAGCGAAGAUAAGAGAAGAGCUUGAAACAACGAUUCCAACGAGCGAACCUCGUGGUCAAUGGCGGAUGUUUUCGAUUAAAGAGGUAGAUAAGUUAGUUUACUUUCAUGGGGCCUUAUGCGAAACGCUUAGACUUUACCCACCAGUUCCAUUUCAACAUAAAAUCCCUUCACAACCUGACGUUCUUCCAUCGGGGCAUCACGUGAAUCCUAAAACAAAGAUAAUAUUUUCAUUAUAUGCAUUGGGAAGAAUGAGCGAUGUGUGGGGGAAGGAUUGCAUGGAGUUCAAGCCAGAGAGAUGGGUUUCAGAAAAGGGAAGGAUCAUGCAUGUGCCGUCUCACAAGUUCUUGGCGUUCAACGCAGGGCCAAGAACUUGCUUAGGAAAGCAAGUGGCUUUCACUGAGAUGAAAAUAGUAGCAGCAGCCAUGAUUCAUAACUACGCUAUUGUUCAAGAAACAGGGCAGGAGGUUGUUCCAAGUGCUUCCAUUAUUCUUCAUAUGAAGCAUGGAUUGAAGGUCAGGGUUACUAAGAGAUGGAGCUGCUGAAGUUAUUAAAAGGAAAAGAAAUAAAUGAAGAAGUAUCAUUAAACACGUGGUAAUGUGCUAUUAUUUCGUCUAACAAAUCAGUUAAGAUAUCAGUAUCUCUUAUAUUUAUUGUCGAUGUGCUACAAAUGUAUGGUGGAUUUAAUUGUCUAAGAUGAAA